GGAGCAGAGACAUUUGUCCUCGGAGCUUCUUGAACACUUCGCACGCGCCCCUGGGCUGCUCCAUCGGCGUGUCUUGUGCUCUGAGUUACCAUGGUGACGCAUCCACCUGCAUAAAAAGUCAGCCUUCAAGCGCUCACGUCGCUUUCAGAGAAAAGUCCAGAUUUUGCUCCGCCAACACUUCCAGAACCAGCUCCGACCAAUGACUUUAAUCUCCUCUGAGGACAACCGGACCGUCUCUGCCUUCACCUCCAAACUGACCCCAACUGCUGACAUAUGCGUCGGGCUCGCCAUCCUCUCCGUCGUUCUGCUCUCUGUUCUAGGCAAUGGGCUGGUUCUGGUGAUCUGCUACCGCAGGAGGAAGAAGAUGGUAGGCUCAGAGCUGCUGUGCGUCAACCUGGCUGUGGUAGAUUUCUUCUGCUGCAUCUGCUUCUACCCGCUCUCCAUCCUCUCCUCCUUCCACCAUGCAUGGCUCGGAGAACACAUCACGUGUGUUUACUACGGCCUUGGCUGCUUCAUUUUCGGCCUGUGUGGCAUGUUCACCAUCACCGCCAUCAGCAUCAUCCGCUACCUGAAGACUUGCUACAGCUUGUUUCAUGCUGGGUGGCUGGAAGGGACUGAUCUCCGGAUAGCCUGCUGUUCAAUCUGGCUCGUGGCUGCUAUUUGGUCCAGCUUUCCUCUGUUUGGCUGGGGCGAAUACGUCCCGGAGCCUUAUGGACUAUCCUGCACCAUCGCCUGGAGGGGCUAUCACACCUCCGCCAAGGAUGCCUUCUACGUCAUCUGCUCCUUCGUCUGCUUCACACUGUUCCCCGUGCUCUUCAUUGUGGUGUCCCAGUGCCAGAUCCUCUACAAAGUGUCCCGCUUUAGCUACUCACUGUCGUCGAGAGGCAUCCGCAACAACCUGCGGAGCACAGAGAAACGUCUCUCUAUGAUGUUUUUCUGCAUCAGCCUGGGAUUUGUGAUCGCCUGGGCCCCGUACGCUGUUGUCUCCUUCCUCUUCAUUUUCCACAAGGGGGACUGGUACAUGGCACCUGAGGGCUUCGUUUUCCCUGCGCUCUUCGCCAAAAGCUCCCACGUCUACAACCCCUUUAUCUACUUCUACUUCAACAAGACUUUCCAGCAGGAGCUCCGCUGCCUGCUCAUCACUUUGUGGCCAAGGCUGGGAGGAAAUCGAGUGGGUAUCCAGGUGGCAUCGGGCGACCAAGCUCCUUAUCCCAUACACAUCCAGCUCCAGGAGAGACGCUGCGUGAAAAAGACCAGUUUUUGUCUGUCUCAGGAUAAAACUCACAGCAAGAACAAGAGCAAGAGCAGAGGCAGAGCUACGCACACCAGCAGCAACCGUUUCCAGGACAGGCAUGUGUAUCUCUGCUGGGGGUCCACCUCAAAGAAUGUAGUAACCUUCCUGGAGUGUAAAUCUGGCUCCCAACCUGUCUCUAUAUGAAGACUUUCUGACUGCUUUUUGCUGGGAAACACAGGAUACAAAAGGAGGGCAUGAUUGCUCUAUGUAUAUCUCAAUCAACCUUUAUUUAUACUCGAGAGAUCGAGGGGCAACCCUCAUUUACAGUGAUAUCGAGUCAUUUACAGUGACAUUUAAAAAAACAAACACAAACAAACAACAAUUCAUCAAGAGUAUUAAAGUCAUCAAAUAGGAUACUUUUUUAUUUGGUUAUAAAAACAAUUCAAAGAUCAAAUAAAAUAAUACAAAUAAAAGGAGGUGUAGGGGAUUGACUAUAAAAGCACUACAAUAGGAGGGGCCGGUGGUUGAAAUGAUACAAUUAAUAUACACAGGUUAACCUAAAAUAGUUGCAGAACGGGGUUGAAAGGUUCAAAAUUAAGAUUCUGAAUUGUCCAAAAGUUAAAAGUGCAUUUAUUUCAAGACACUGCUGCAACUUGUUCCAGGAGUCAGGAGCAGAGAAACAAAAUGCAGUUUUUGCCGGUUCUGACUGAACUUGAGGAACAUGCAAAAGUAGCUGGUUUGAGGUGCGAGUCUGAUAUAAACGGUCUGGGUAAUGAAGAAGUUCAGUGAGGUAGGUUAGUAAUUUUCCUAAAACAGCUUUAUGGAUAAAAGAUUCCAAUGGAUAUUGCUUCUUUCAUGGAGAGAGCCAGCCAACCUUAUUGUACAGGAUGCAAUGAUGUAUGUGAAAGGAGUCACAAAUCGUAAAAUAAAUCGUAACAUGUGAUAAAUGAAGUCAAGGUAUUUGAGGGUUGAGGAUGGUGCGUUUCUGUAGAUUACGUCCCCAUAAUCCAAGACUGACAUUAAAACAGCCUUCACAACCCUCUUUCUACCAAACAUUGGAAAAAUAGAUCUGUUUCUAUAGAAAUAGCCGAUUUUUUUGUCUGAGUCUGUCUGCAAGAUUAUUAAUAUGUACAUUAAAGUUUAGGUUUUCAUCAAUGUAAAUACCUAGAUAUUUAUACUCUGUGACUCCUUCAUUUUUUAAUCCUGUUUUUGUGACUAUAUUUAGAUCAUUGUGCUCUACUGAUUUGGCUCUGGAGAUAUCAUCACUUUUAUUUUGUCAGCAUUCAGAACCAGCUUUAAGACAUCCAGAGUAUCUUGCAGGUUGUUAAAAGAGUCUUGUAGAUUACUGACCGCAAGUUGCAUAGAAUCAGCAACACAAUACAGUGCAGUGUCAUCAGCAUACAGAUGUGCAUGACAGUUGGGCAAAGCUAUCUACUAUGAGCUUAUCAAAGUUUUAAAUUAAGAUACUAAAAUGGGAAAGGAAUCAGACAAAAUUAAUGUUGUUCUUAAUGGAUUGUUGUUUUGUUUGGGUUUUUUUCCCUUGAUGAAGAUUUGUUUUAGUACAAUCUUGGAACCUAACUGCAACCAUCAUCUAUCAUUGUCUGAUGAUGCGUUGCUAUACAUGCCUCUGAUAAUCAAUGCCAGUUUGGGAGUAAGCUCCCUGUUGGCGCUCAACGACCUCCAGACAAGACUUUCUCUUCUAUGUGGUAUUUACACCCGCAAUGUGAAUGUCGCUCCUCAUUUGUUGCUCCAUUGCCCCAUGAGUUACGCCCAUUCAUCUGUUCAAAUAUGUCAGUUCAGCAGCCACUGAGUCACACAAACGUCUUUACUUGAACAGGACAGAAAUGCAUUCUCACAGAUGUGCAGAAGAGCAUUUCUAACUGGUGCUUCACUGUUACAGAAGUUGUCUUGCAGCACGGACACUUCCUCAGGUAGCGACAGUCACAGUGAUCAGUCAGACACCAAACCUUGAGUCUGAGUCGAGUCUCGAGUCUUCUUUGAUUCUUCUGCAGUGGGAUCACAAACUCUAAAAUACCUGCAGCUACUUGCCAAUAAUCAGAAUUUUAACAAACCAAACAUCUUGGACUCAAUGGUUGAGUCAUUUUAGUUGCUAACAUUGAUGUUAGCUUGCCAACACAGCAACAUAACCAACAGACUCACACGGCCACAAUUUUAGUCUGAACAGAAUUCCUUUAAUCAUUUUUACAUUUUCACAUUGAAAUCUGUAUGUGCGUUGAUGCACUGCCUGAAAGUCAGCAUCGCCUGGUCUGGCCACUGCCUGAUGAUUUUUGGAGAUUUGGGCAUUUGAAAGUCUUAAAAAAACAUUGUUUUGGUUUA